UGUCCCGGCCCCCUCAUCCCUGAGUCGCCAGUGGGGCCGCUUCAAGGGCGCCAGCUCCCGGGGAACCUGUCCCGCCCGUGUCUUCACAGCCCCCCGCCUGGAACCAGCGCCCCCCACACCAGGAGGGGCCUGGCAGGUGGCUGGCCUCAGCUCGCAAAGGUCAGGCGGACAGUGAUGUGGCUGCAUGAGCGCCGCCACUGGGGCAAGGGGCUCGCGAGCCCGCGGUCAGGCCUCAUGCCCAGUCCUCCUUCCCAAGGCGGGUCGUCCUUACUCUUGUCUUAUCCUGUGAAAGAGAACUACCUGUGACUGUGGGGCGGGAAAAAUGGUCCAGCUGCUCGAAAGCUGUGGGCAGAUCUCUUUAAAACUGAACCAGCAGGCUUCCGGCAGCCCGGCGACUGCACUCCCAGCGUGUGCAACAGAGAAAUAGGGACACGUGUGUGCAGAAACCUGUGUAUGAACAUCCAUGGCAGCUUUAUUCAUGAUGACCCAGCCUGGGGGCUCCUGGGGUCCCGGGGGAGACGGUUAGACCAGGCCAGCCCCGGGCAGCAGCCCCUGCAGACUGGGCCUGGAGAUGGCACGGGGUGGCCCGUCUCCUGAGGGUGCCGGCUGCGCCUUUCUGCUUGGGCCCUACAUGGCCCAGAGAGCCGAGGUGGCCCCGGGCGGGCCGCACGGGGUGGAUGCUGCUGCGGGGCGGGGCAGCACCUGGCACCCGCAGGGCCAGUCAGCUGAGGGCCCCUCCGACUGUGGGGGCCACUCAGAGCUGCUAAUGGUGUAGAGCUGUACACACACGUGCACACACACGUGCACACGUGCACACAGAUUAUGGGGGGUGACUCAGAGCUGCUAAUGGUGUAGAGCUGCACACACGCACACACACGUGCACACACACACUGACACACCAGAGCAGGCCUUGUGGAGCAGCGUGCUGAGCACUGGGGGGCUCACAGCCCUCCUGGGCGCCCCAUCUCGUGCACUAUCGGGGAAGCCUUGCUGUCCGAGUCCUGACUGGCUCCUCCGGCCUCUCUUCCAGCUCUGGCUGAAGGGCGUGCCCCAGUGUAGCCCCCUUCUGUGAUGGACCCGAAGGCCCCCAAGAAGUCCCGCCAGGGAAAGGAGAGUAAGGCCAGGGUGCAGGAGAAGUUUGCCAGGAAAUUCCCAUACAGGUUCUCCUGGCUGACGGAGACCAGCUCAGAGCCCCUGCAGCCCUGGGCGCUCACGAAGAUGAGCAGCUUGCUGCGGGAGCAGCUGCCCCUGCAGAAGACGCUGCUGCCCACGAGGUCCAUGCCCACCCGAGGGCUGGGGGCCCCGGAUUUCCUGCCUCUGUCCUGCCUCCAGCCGCCGCCAUCGCCGCCAAGAAACCUCUGGGAGCUGGCGCUGCUGACCCGCCGCUUCCCCAGGCCAGCAGCACUCCCGCCCGCCCCCGGAGCCCCGCUCUGCACCGCCAGACUGGGCCACUCGGCCCCCGAGCGCUCGUGAUGGUGGCCACCGGGAGCUCCCUCCAGGCAGAGUUGACCUAUGGGGAAGCGAGGAGCCCUGGAGAGGUCGCCCGCGGACACGCUGCAGGGUCAUAGCCCCGGACGGUCGUCUGCACGCUGGCCCCACGCUCUCAUCCAUAAAGUGCGGUGACGGUCA